AUUACCCCGGGGUUUGAUGGGAGUUGGAGUCAGAAUGGAUUCGGCACUUCCUGCUUUGACAAGGAAGACCAAGAAGUUUCGGCUGUGGACUAAGAGGCUGUUCGCCUGCCAAACCGUGUCCCCUCGAAGAGCCGUACGCGAACACAUAAACAAAAUGUCUUUGAUGGAGCGUGGGGGAGGCGUCCGGCCGAUCACCGCGGUGGCGUGGACCUCCAACUCCGGCACCUGCCCCAAAGAUUUUAACCUGAUCAGCAUCACAGAAGACGGAGCAGCAGCGAACUUUACACGCAGCUUUGGGAUGAAGUCUGGAUAUUACCUCUGUUACAGCAAGGACUUGGCAGGUGGUAUGGUAGUGACAGACAUUCAGCUCAUUUCUGACAAGGAAUCUAUUCCUCAUGGUUAUUGCUACAUAGCAGAGCACCUUGAACCGAGGGCCACUGUUUCAAAGAAGAAGCGCGUGUGUGUGCGUGUCGCCCCAGUGGGCAGUGUGGACACAGCUGUGUUGGAUGUUAAACUGACAGCCAAAAGCAAAAUGAUGUUGCAGCACCACACAUACGUGGGAGACAUCCAUGGCUACGUGCUGUGGUGCAGAAAGGGCUAUUUCACAAGCCCCGUGCCUCAAGCCAAGCCCCGCAGUGUCAGUCUGGACUUCCGCGGACUUUCACUGGAGCAGCCGACUGCUCCUCUGCCCCUCAGACCCAGCAACCCUCCUCCUAGGCUGCCACUGAACAAACUGAGUCAGAGACGCUGCAGCCUCAGCAGCAAGGACAGCUCGGACAAACCCGCCGACAGCAGUUUCCAGGGAAUCACAGCUCUAGAUGGAGUUCCCUUCAGCCUCCACCCAAAGUUUGAUAUCCAGGCAAACAGCACAACUCUUCAGCUCAACUCUCAGCUAAACAACAUUCGCAUUAAGUCUCUCCAAGACAUCGAAAAUGAGUACAACUACACUUUUGCUGUGGAGGAAUCUGCCUCCAAGAGGAUCAGACCGUCAGUGCCAACAGGAGGCGCUCCAUCUGAGCAGUAAUCUUUUUUAACAAAGCAACACUAUCAGACUUCUGCGUUUUAGCAUGACAUCUCACAUCAUGGUACAGAGGAAGGAGGAUCAUGCCAGAAAUUGUAAUGAUUUAUCAUAAUGGGGUCUUUUAAAGGGUCAUCUAUGGGCACUACCCUUCUGCAUGAGACUGACAGUCAUACAUCAAAAGUGUUUACAUGAUGUGGCUGUUUGUUUGUCAUGCCACACUGUCAUUUCUUUUAAUUUGUCUAUCUUGUCAAGCCUGUAAUGCAAUGCCAUCUUCAAACAUUCCACGUUUUUAUUUGCCAAAGGAAAGGCCUGUUUGAACUGAAUCAUUCUUGGACUUAAAUUGUCUGAACGUGUGUUUUGACUGUUCUCCUUUUGUAGGAAAUCAGCCUUUUUAAAGAUGUUACAGGGAUAAAGAUGAAAGAAACUAUGAAUCUGUAGUGUGUCCGUACUCAUCUGCAACAUUAAAACGUCAAAAUGUGUUUAAUACUAAAAGAAAAAUGCUUUAUUAUAUCAUAAAGAUGCACUUGGCUUAAAGAUGUGUGCUCCCUGCUCUGCUGUAUGUUACUUGAUAACCUUGAGUGCUGCGCGUUUUUAAUGAUUUCAGUGACAGACAUAUGGAUGAGCGUUGUUGCAGAUGUUAUAUUGAACUUACUAUCAUAUUGGAAUGUAAGAUAAAAGGUAUUUUCUUGUGUGAGUGGCUGACCAUCAGUUUUGUAUUCCCAAAUAAUUAUGAAGUCCUACUUUAAGGCGAUCGGAGGAAGGUUGUAUAUUUUUCUCUGUGUUGGUUAAGAUAUGUGGGCGAAAGCUGAGACGAUCUGUUUUGUGUUUUUUAACUGUCAGGCAGAAUAAGGGCCAAAUAUUUAUCUUUGUCAUUGUACAAUAUAUAAAGUUAUGGUUUGUGGUCUUUAUGCUCUAUAUAGUGAACUUUUAUUGCAUGAAAAAAAUAAAAACCUAAGAAACACUA